GCGGCGGUGGCGGCGGUGGCUGAGGAAGUUCGCGUUUUGCACUCCACCCCGGUAGCAGCUUCGGGGCCGGGGACGGCUUCCUCCAGACGCUCCGCGGGCUUCGCUGCCGCCGCACGGCGGUCCGACGGGAUCAUGGGGUUGCCCAAGGGGCCGGAAGGCCAGGGUCUCCCGGAGGUGAGGAAACCCCUCUCCCUGGCACGUACGGGUUUGCGACAGAGGGCCGAGCCCGCGGGGCCGUCGGCGCGGGGGGAUCCGGCCGCCUUUCGGGCGCCCCGCCCCCUUUCUCAGGUGGAAACAAGACUAGAUGAAGAACAAAAUGUCAAGUUGACUGAGAUUCUGGAGCUCUUGGUUGCAGCUGGGUAUUUCAGGGCAAGAAUUAAAGGCUUGUCCCCUUUUGACAAGGUGGUGGGAGGAAUGACCUGGUGCAUCACCACGUGCAGUUUUGACGUGGAUGUCGAUUUGCUCUUUCAGGAGAACUCUACGAUAGGUCAGAAAAUAGCUCUGUCAGAAAAAAUUGUCUCCGUCCUGCCAAGAAUGAAAUGUCCACACCAGCUGGAGCCCCACCAGAUCCAGGGGAUGGAUUUUAUUCACAUAUUUCCUGUUGUCCAGUGGCUGGUGAAACGAGCUAUAGAAACAAAAGAAGAGAUGGGUGACUACAUCCGCUCCUACUCCAUAUCCCAGUUCCAGAAAACCUACAGUCUCCCAGAGGAUGAUGACUUCAUCAAGAGAAAAGAAAAGGCCAUCAAGACAGUUGUUGACCUCUCAGAUGCUUACAAGCCCCAUCGGAAAUACAAACGCCAGCAGGGAGCAGAGGAGCUGCUGGAUGAAGAAUCACGGAUCCACGCUACGCUUUUGGAAUAUGGCAGGAGAUACGGAUUUCGCCAGAGCAAAGCAGAGAAGGCUGAGGACAAGAAAACAGCACUUCCCGCAGGGCUCUCGGCUGCAGAAAAAGCUGAUGCCCACGAGGAAGAUGAGCUUCAGGCUGCUGAAGAGCAGCGUAUUCAGUCCCUGAUGACCAAGAUGACUGCCAUGGCACAGGAGGAGAACCGUCUGACUGCGAGCUCCGUGGGCCAGAUCGUGGGCCUCUGCUCUGCUGAGAUCAAACAGAUUGUGUCUGAGUAUGCGGAGAAGCAGUCUGAGCUAUCAGCCGAAGAAAGUCCAGAAAAAUUAGGACCCUCCCAACUACAUCGUCGCAAAGUCAUUUCCUUGAACAAGCAGAUUCUGCAGAAGACCAAACAACUAAAAGAGCUGCAGGCAAAUCGUACCGACCUACAAGCCAAAUAUGAAGAAAAAAAGAAAACACUGACAGAGCUCAAGAGUUACAGUGAGAAACUGAACAAAGAGCAGGCAGCCCUAGAGAAGAUAGAAGCCAAAGCUGAUCCAAGCAUCCUGCAGAACUUGAGAGCCCUUGUGGCCAUGAAUGAAAAUCUGAAAAGUCAGGAACAGGAGUUUAAAGCACAUUGUCGAGAGGAGAUGGCACGGCUGCAGCAGGAAAUCCAAAGCCUGAAGGCGGAGAGGGCUCCGGGCGGAGAGGAAAAGACCGUCUCCGGGGGAGAGCCGCAUGCCGUGACGCACAACGAAGACCUAGACAGACGGUAUAAUAUGGAGAAAGAGAAGCUUUACAAGAUCCGUUUACUACAGGCGCGAAGAAAUCGAGAAAUAGCAAUUUUGCAUCGCAAGAUUGAUGAAGUGCCCAGCCGAGCCGAGCUCAUACAGUAUCAGAAGAGAUUUAUCGAACUCUACCGCCAGAUUUCAGCAGUGCACAAAGAAACCAAGCAGUUCUUCACUUUAUACAAUACCCUGGACGACAAAAAGGUUUAUUUGGAAAAAGAGAUUAGCCUGCUGAACUCAAUUCAUGAGAACUUCUCACAAGCCAUGGCCUCCCCUGCUUCCCGGGACCAGUUUUUACGUCAGAUGGAGCAGAUCGUAGAAGGAAUUAAGCAAAGUCGAAUGAAGAUGGAGAAGAAGAAGCAAGAGAACAAAAUGAGAAGAGACCAACUGAACGACCAGUACUUGGAACUGUUAGAAAAACAGAGGCUGUACUUUAAGACUGUGAAAGAGUUCAAGGAGGAGGGCCGCAAGAACGAGAUGCUGCUGUCCAAGGUGAAAGCCAAGGCCUCCUGAAAAUUCCCAGACGGCAUCCCACGUCGUUGAUGUCUUUUUCUAAACACCGUGUGUCAACUACAAGACGGUGAAACGGUCCUGAACACUGCAGCAGAGAUGCAGCUGUGAUGAUCUCAACACCUGGAUGUUUCCUUUCUCCUCUUUGCUUCCAUUGUCGAUGGAAUCAGAGGUGCAGACAUUGUGGCUCAAAUGACACUCAUCCUCCAGUGAAGACAUGUGGGCAGUAUUUGUUCUCUGUGUCGAUUCAGCUUUUGUUUCUCCAGUAACAUUGCACAUAUGAAGGUACCUAUGUGUGUGUGGACUCUGAAUAAAGAGGAAUUCAUUUGUUCACUGAAUGUUAAUUGAGCAGCUGCUGAGGAGGAAGCACUGAGGGAGAGAGCAGGGUGACACAGACCCUGCACCCAGGCUCCCAGCAAGUGGCCUCAGAGCUUGACCACUGGGAUUUUUUUUUCUCAGUGAAUAGGCUUUUAGCUUAUUGACCAGCCAGGUUAAGUGUUGCUCACUUGGGCCUUUCACUUGCCCGUGGUGCCUUUUGUUCCCGGCC